AUGAUACAAGGAGAGCACUUGUCCAAGAUUGACACGCAGAUCCUGGGAUAUCACAUACCUAAGGGCACGGAUGUCCUGUUUCUUGCCCAUGGACCUAGUGUUUUCACCCCCGGCUUUGAGAUCGAUGAGAGCAAACGUAGCCAGACCUGCCAGGCUGCAGGGGAGAAGAGGGACCAAGAUUGGGAUGACCACGACAUUGGAGCUUUCAAACCUGAAAGAUGGCUUGGACAGAAGGAGUCGUCCACUAGAACAGAUACAACCGAGGCGGCGGAGGAAUUGAUACAUCGGCCGGUCCAUCAUUGGCCUUUGGCACGGGCACGCGUGGUUGUUUUGGCAAAAUACUGGGCUGUCAACAACUGA